CGCUUUGCUUUCGCCCUUCCGCGCCCGUAGAAGAGCGCCGUGGAAGAGCCGGGCGGCCUAAGCGUGCGUGCGCGCCCGGUGGCAGGCUCGUCCGGGUGUCGCAAGGAGGCGGUUAGGAUCGACGGAACUGUCAGGUUCCAGAAGGAAUUAUAUCUGACUGGCAAUUGGCAGGAUGAAGACGGUUGUGAAGAUGGCAUGCCUGAGGAGUUUUAAAAGAUGCAGACCUCCUGAUUGAAAAUGAUACUUCUAUGUUUUAUCCCAAUCAGUUAGGAAAUUGCUACUGCGUCAUAAGCAAAUCAUGAUUACAUUAACUGAACUCAGAUGCUUAGCAGAUGCCCAGGCAUCCUUUCACAUCUUGAAACCUUGGUGGGAUGUUUUCUGCUACUAUCUUACCAUGAUAAUGCUGCUUGUUGCUGUCCUUGCUGGGGCUCUUCAGCUCACUCAGACUAGAUUGUUAUGUUGUCUUCCUUGCAAGCUUGAAUUUGACAAUCAUUGCGCAGUGCCUUGGCAUCUGAUUAAAAGCAACAUCAAUGAAUCCUUCACCUCGGCAACACCAGAAAUUCAUCCUCUUCGAAUCCAGAAUUACCUUCAUAGGCAGCAGUAUUCUUACAUCGAUGCAGUGUGUUACGAGAGAGAACUUCAUUGGUUUGCCAAAUUUUUCCCGUACUUAGUGCUGCUCCACACUUUCAUUUUUGCAGCUUGCAGUAAUUUCUGGCUUUACUACCCCAGUACAAGUUCAAGGCUAGAGCAUUUUGUAGCCAUACUUCACAAAUGUUUCGAUUCCCCUUGGACCACACGUGCCCUAUCAGAAACUGUUGCUGAACAAUCUGUGAGGACUGUGCCAUGCUCCAAAUCGAAAACAUUUCUUCCCUCCCCAAGCAACAUGACAGAGCUGGAGAGCAAGAGGCAGUCAAUGUCCUACUCACAGACUGGACUAGAAACAGCUGGAAGAGAGAGUACUUCAAAUGUUCUUGACCGAAGAGAAGGGGAACAAGCAAAGUCGAUAUUUGAGAAAGUGAAACGAUUCAGGGUACAUGUUGAGCAGAAAGAUGUCAUUUAUAGAGUGUAUCUAAAACAGAUUGUGAUCAAGGUCAUUGUGUUCAUUUUAAUAAUGAUUUAUGUUCCGUAUUAUUUAACCUUUAUUAACCUAGAAAUCAAUUGUGUAGUUGAUAUUCAAACCUUUACUGGCUACAAGCGAUACCAAUGUGUUUAUUCCCUGGCCGAAAUUUUUAAAGUGCUUGCUUCAUUUUAUGUUGUCCUGGUGAUUUUAUAUGGCCUGACAUGCACUUACAGUUUGUUAUGGAUGCUGAGAAGUUCACUUAAACAAUAUUCUUUUGAGAAGCUGAGGGAGCAGAGUAAUUACAGUGACAUCCCUGAUGUAAGAAAUGACUUUGCCUUUAUUCUUCACCUAGCAGACCAGUACGACCCUCUAUAUUCAAAGCGCUUCUCCAUAUUUCUCUCCGAGGUGAGUGAAAAUAAGCUGAAACAAAUUAGUCUCAAUAACGAAUGGUCUUUAGAGAGGCUGAAGAGCAAGCUGGUACGAAACUCUCAAGACAAAAUGGAACUUCAUCUUUUUAUGCUUAGUGGCCUUCCAGAUGACGUCUUUGAACUCACAGAGAUAGAAGUUCUAACACUGGAGCUCAUUCCUGAGGUGAAACUGCCGCCGUCUCUAAGUCAGCUAUCCAGUCUUAAAGAACUAAACAUUUACCAUUCAACUUUAACUGUAGAAUAUCCGGCACUGCACUUCCUCGAAGAUAAUUUAAAAAUUCUGCGACUAAAAUCUGUUGACAUGGGAAAGAUUCCACGCUGGGUAUUCUAUCUAAAAAACUUACAGGAACUGUAUUUGACCGGAUGCUAUGUGCCAGAACUGCAGAAUGGCUUCUACAGUGAGGGUUUUCAAGACCUUGCAAAUCUGAAAGCAAUUCAUUUAAAGAACAGCCUCUCCCGCAUACCUCAGGUGGUUACAGACCAAUUGCCUUCACUGCAGAAAUUAUCUAUUGACAACGAGGGGAAAAAACUGUUAGUGUUGACCAACUUGAAGAAACUGUUAAAUCUGAGAAUCUUGGAACUGAUCAGCUGUGAUUUGGAGCGCAUCCCUCAUUCUAUAUUCAGCCUAAACUAUUUGCGUGAAAUAGAUUUGAAAGAAAAUAAUCUACGGACGGUAGAAGAAAUUAUUAGCUUUCAGCACCUUGAAAAUCUUUCUUGCCUGAAGUUGUGGCACAACAAAAUAUCUUACAUCCCUGUGCAGAUUGGUACCUUAGCAAACUUGGAACAGCUCUAUUUAAAUCACAACAACAUUAAAAAAAUCCCACCACAACUCUUUCUUUGCAAAAAGCUACAUCAUCUGGAUCUGAGUUACAAUAAGCUAAUCUCUAUUCCUGAUGAAAUCCAAUAUUUAACCAAUUUGCAGUACUUUGCUGUGACAAAGAAUCAUAUUGAAGCACUUCCUGAUGAAUUAUUCCAGUGCAAAAAGCUACAGCACCUCCUUCUGGGACAUAACAGCCUAAUGUACUUGUCCUCUCGAGUUGGUGAGCUUUCCAACCUUGUUCAUCUGGAGCUCAAAGGAAACUAUCUGGAGUUACUCCCUGCUGAGCUAGAGGAAUGUAGUUCUCUGAAACGGAAUUGUCUAAUUGUAGAAGAAUGCUUGUUGAAAACACUUCCCCUUCGAGUAGCAGAACAUAUUUAGAUAUGCUUGGACAAAGUUUGAGAUUGGGAAAAGUUGUGUGCAUGUGGACAAAAUCAUGGUUCAAAGAAACAUAUAGACAAAAGAAGAUAAAUACAGGUUUGCCCACUGACUUCAGUUUCCUGAAUCAACAUUAAAAUCAUAAGCAGAAAUGUAGACCUGGCAAGUAACUACAUGCAUUUCAGUCAAACCUGAAAUUAAUGUGCAGAAAAUUAAGUGGUUAAUCAAUUACUUAAGUGGCCGAGAUUGAACAACAUUUUCAGCUCUAAAAAAGUUUUAUUUUCCUCUUCCUUAAAUGGCAGUUGUUAAAUAGUUGUAAGGACCAACUAAUAGAUUUUUUUCAUAUCUUUUACUGUUGGCAGAUACAUAGAGGGAAGGAGAGACUAUUUGUGAAAGCUUCCCUAUAUAAAAUCUGUUUUGGAACUAAAUGUUCACUUUUGUUUUUGAAAGAUAGGAGUGCUUCCCCACAUAGGCAUAAUGAAAUUUCAUUGGGAUGCUAUGAACUAUGUCCAGAUUAUGGUACCAAAGUUCAUGUAAUCCAGUCUCCCAAUAAUUUUUUUCUGCUUUAACACUGGAGUUAAUUAUGUAUACUUAAAGAAAAACAACUGGACCUGAUAUAAUGGUAAAAUCAAAUCUUGGAGAACUAUGCAAGUGUUAAAAUUCAACAUGUCACUUUUUUUUUUUUACUAUACUAAUGUAUUGCUUGUUUUUCAUUAAAAGGAAAAAGACUAGUGCUUUAAUUUUGAGCAACAGUAGAUAUGUAAUAUGCAAUGUAGAGGGUCUCCUUUCUUUUAAAAACCUGGGUUUGUUUUUUUCUUCCCAAUUUUCUGGCCCACCAUACUAAACAUUUUAAAGAUGUCCCUCAAGUUACAAGUAAUUGUAGAAAUAAGCACUUAAGAAUAUAGAGUAUGAAAAGCAAGAUAUUUAAUGAAAAGCACAUGAAUGCACAAAACCUAUAUAUUUCUCUCUUGUUCACAAAUGUCCUUUGAAAAUCUAACAUAAGGAGGAACUUUCCUAUAACCUCAUUCUUUAUUUUCACUAAAACAGGAGGAAGAUUAUUUACCUCUGUAAAGCUGAGUCAUAACUGAUAUUUUCUAACAGAGUUCUACUUUAAAGAACUAGGAGAAUUUCUGUGAUAGCAUAUUGAGUAGCAAAGGAGGACAGGAGGAAAAAAUGAUGAACACUGAUCCCUUUAACACAGUGUUUUCCCUCCUUGGCGAAUUGAAAGUGAGUGGACUUCAACUCCCAGAAUUCUCAGCAAUGGCUAUGCUGGCUAUGCAAUUCUGAGAGUUGAAGUCUAUAUACCUGGAAAUUGCAAAGGUUGGGAAACUCUGGUUUAACAGAAACCUCUAUUAGACUGAUAUUUUUUUUUCUGUGAGUGGAAAAGCAAUUCCUCUCCACAGCAGGAAAAUCGAGAUUAAGUUCGUUGUUAUUUUGAAUGCAUUUCGGUCUUGUUUGGGCACAUCAUCUUUAUUGUGGCUGUGGUGCUCUAUGUGUGGGGACUUGGGGGGAGGGAUUUUGGCUUCUGUUGUAAAAAAUAACUUGGUUGCAUGCUUUCCGAGAAAAUGAAUCUUUUACUUAUGUAUGAUAUAAUCCACUAUCUUCAUUAUGUGCCCAAUUUUGUGGUUGUGUUGAAUGAGAUGCUGGAAAUGUUGCUGUUUUUUAUAAAUUUUUGAUUGCUUCUUUAAAUGCGGCACACUUGUUUUAAUGAUGCCAUAAAUUUGAGUUGUUUAUGAAGUGAAAAUUUCUCACUGUUCAUGUUAUGUCCAUCUGAAGAAUUACAUUCCAAAGAACUUUCAGAGUAACUCUCAGGGAACACACACAUGUGUUGUUGCUUCAUGGGUUUGAUGCAACUCACAUUUCCCCAGCUUUUUUAGUUAAAGGUACAAUUUAUUAUACAGGUAUCUUUUUUCCAGUAAUUUUAUUAAGGACAAUAAAAGAUGAUACAAAGUAUAAAAAAAAAAGAAAGAACAAAUGGAAGAAAAUAAAAAAGCAAGAAGCAUCCCCCUUUUUAAUAAAGGAACUUUGUAGACUCAUCACAAGUAUAAAAACAGUUUCAUUAACACCUCUCCUUCUCUUAAAUUAAUGAAUAUAAAACUCUUCAGCCCAUAGCCAAGCUUAGUAAUAGGCAAAUCAAGUAAGUAACAUCUUUUUAACCAAGUAAAAAGUCCAAAAGGAGCUAUAAACUAUUAAAAUUAAUUAACAUAUAUAAAUAACAAUGUUUCACAUCUCAACCAUUAGUUGUAAGGAAAACCCUACAUAAAAGCAUAAAAAGAUCAAAUUCCAACACAAUAUACAUUUCUCCCAUUCAAAAUGCCAGCAAUUCCAGAGAAAACUACCCCAAACAGCAACAUUAUUAUAUGCAAGUAUAGAUACUAACUAUCCUAGACCAUUUUGGAACAAAUCAUAUCGAUCUUUUGGUAACUAUCUUCUGGUACCUUCCACCAGUCACAAGAUAGAAUAGUUCACCUCACGUUUCUUGUCCCAGGGAGCAUAGGCAACAAACAUUUUCAAUGCCACCUGACCUGAGAUACAUCUUUUCCUCCAAUACCUUCCUGAGGCUAAUAGUCUUGUCCUCAGGCUAUUUGAAGCCAGAAAGUAGGACUGAUUCUGGUAGCUCUCAUUUGGGCUAAUGGAUCCUGGCCAUCAGUUCUAGUCACCUUGUCAUCCAUUAAGCUAAGUUGUUUGCAGAGAUGGGCAGCUAUAGAAAUAGAAUGAAUGAAUAAAUGAAUGAACAACAAACAAGUUGCCUGACAUCAUAAAAGUGGCUAAGCCAUGGGUGCCGAACUCCUUGUGUCACGUUGCCAUUAUGUGACAUUCCGUGACGUUCCAUGACGUUUUCCCCAUUCACAGAGCUGGGAUGGGUCUGGCCUGCGCAUCCGGCCCAUAGGCUGUCAAUUUGGGCUAAGCCAAGGGGGAUUCAGUUAUCUUCAUUCAGCUGCUUAUAAUUAGAUGACUAAGGGCUGUAGUAAUAUAUGAGAAUCACCUUGAGAAACAGAGCAAAGGGAAUUAUCUACCGCCCUAGGGAAUGAUCAGAAAGAGUGGAUACAGCCCACACCUGUAUAACAGGCAGAAAAAGAGGUUCAGAAGGGACUUAUCCCCAGUUUUCGGGCUCCAAAGGUAAUAGUGGGAGAUUUGUACUUUCAGACUUGUAAGGCUCUGUUAAUGUAGCUUUACAAUAAAAUUGAAGUACCUCAUCUGGCCUGUUUUGCACCUGAGAGGGCUGUCAUGUUGAUUGGAACUAUCUUCCUGACUAUGAUAAAAUAAAUAUCCAAAUUGAUCAAUAAAUUCUUGAGGUGGGCUGUUAUUAAAACCAUCAGUUAUCCAUAGGUAUCUUUCAGGAGACUUCUACUAGAGCUAAUACUUAGAAGCCUUCAGUCAUUCUUCGUUCAAACAUUUGCAUAAGUUGUCCUCAGAAAACCAAAUUUGGAAAAGAAUGGAAUUAGAAAUAGUUAUAAUAAUACAGCCAGGCGGGAUUCUGAAAUAGAUGCUAGAUGAAUCAUCAAAAUCUACCUAAAAAACCAAGACUUUACAACCUCAGACAAUAUCCUAGUUGACUUUCAACAUUGAUAUUUCAGUCUCAAAGCCUUCCUAAUCUGAUUUCCAAGUGAAUUGAGGCAUAUAUCAGCCUAAUCUCUGAGAUUCAAGAUUAAGUCUGCCUCAUGGAGAUGGCACACUCCAUAAGCACAGCUAACUCAACCAGCCUUGAUACUAGCGACUCCCUGGCACAUAGGGAUAGGAGGUAAUCCUUACAGAGCACCUCAACUCUUGUCCCUUGGUCAAAGCACAUUUCAGCAGGAAAGUACCAAAAGAAAAAAAAUCCAGCAAGAACUAGGCCGCCUCCAGAUACUCAGAUCCUGUAACUUUGGUAUAUGCCACUUUAAAUUAUUCUUGGUCUACUAUAGGAAAAUACAUUGGACUUGUCAUGAAGGUCCUUUUAUUGUAUAGAGCAGAGGUCUCCAAAUUUGGCAACUUUAAGACUUGUGGACUUCAACACCCAGAAUUCUCCAGCCAGCAUAGCUGGUUGCAGAAUUCUGAGAGUUGAAGUCCACAAGUCUUAAAGUUGCCAAGUUUGUGAACCCCUGGUAUAGAGCGAGCAUCCAGCCUACAUGGGCACUGACAAAAUCUGUGCAUUGGAAGGAGUUUUAAUGUCUCUCCUGUAUUCCUGACAUUUCAAGCUUUGUUAAUUGGAGCCUAUUUUUUUUGCUUGUCACUCCAGAACUGGAGAAAAGAACUGUCUCCUUCCAUAAGAAGCAAUUUCAGGCAGCUUUUAAACCCUACCGCUAGUAUAAGUAUAAGGGAAAAUACUGUACUUUCUUUAACCCACACUGUCUCUGCUGUAGAAAAAGGACCAUCAUGUACCAUUCCAUGUACCAUUAAAGAAAUAUUUUAUUUGAUUGGUUUAAGAAGUUAUCUUAAUAUUGAAAGAUGAUGAAUUGUAUCUUAAGAACAUUUUCUUAAGGUUAUCAUGAAUCUGAUGUUCCCUGUUUGAAAUAAGACUAUCUUUUUACAUUGUGUUUCACCAAAAAUAGCUUUGAACAUUCUCUCCAUCCAGAUAUUUAUCUUCGAAAGAAGCUUUCCCCAACAUUUGAUUCCAAAUGUUUUGGAUUUCCAUCUCCUGCCAACUACCAUUAAGUGACAAGAUAAUGACUUUGAGAUCCAACACAUUGGGAAGAAUA